AUGGUCGCCAAUAUCCACCCUCCUCCAUGUCAGGCCCAGGUGGGCAUCGCGCCGCGCCGCAGCACGCGCAGCGCCGGGCGCACGUCAGUGCAUGUCGGCGUGCCUCGUGCGGGCACCAAUCGUCGCGCUCGCGGCCCGACACCCUUUCCGAUCGCCUUUACCUCUCCCGCUAGCGUCUCCGCGGAGCGGACAAUCGACCGUCGCGCAUCCUCUCAUCCGCACAAACAAGCCAGAACUUUUAGCUCCGUCAUUCGUACACAGUUAUAG